UACUGCAUUUUAUUUUCAGUUUCAACAUGAUGUGGAUCAAGAUAUGGACGUCUGCAUUUAUUUAGGAAUAGAGUUUCAUAAAAUGUGCUCUAUUCCUUCGCGUUUAUCGGGUAGGUAGGUCGAUAUACGAAUACAUAAAUUUUCAUCUAAUCUCAAUUGACUAGAAAAAAAUUUGUGAUUCGUUUCGCGAUUUAUUUUGCUUUUUCCAAAUUAUUAUAAUUAUUAUUGUUGUAAAAUAUUUGGCAUUAGUAAGUAGAGUCUUAGCUCGUGGGUCUCCGUAUGCAGCAACCUCCAAGUGGUGAGACCUGGAAAUCGAUAUUACUUGCAAUACAUAAAAAAUGUAAGUAAUGUAAGUACUGUCGAGCUAAUGGCUGCAUUUAAAUUCAAUCAAAAUUUAUUACGUCUUACGAUGAUUGUUUCUAUCUUUCCAUAUUGUUCAUUUAUCGUGUCAAUGAAGAUAUAAAUAGAUCGUUUUAUUAUUUAAUGCAUUCAUUAUUCUAUUUGUUUUGGAAUUAAAUACAAGCAGAUAUGCAAUAUAAUAUUUUUUUAUCGAUAUGUAUAAUGAAAUUAUAUAUAAUAUAUAUGUAUUUCCUUUUGCAGUAUUCUAGGCGCAAUGUAUCUAUACGACAAGCGCCAAUAAGAUCGAUAUGUAAAAAUCUACUUUACCAUCACUUAAUAAUUAGGAAUUUUUUUAUCGCUACCGAUAAGUACAUUCCUGUUUUACCAUUCUAUCGUCAAUAACUAUAUUCCUGUUUUAUCUUUUCAUAUUAUCCAUUUUUUGUAUUCUCAUUCGUGUUAUCAAUGAAGAUAUAAAUAAUUUCAUUAUUUAAUGCAUUCAUUAUUAUAUCUGUUUUAAAAUCAUAUACAUAAAUUUAGAAAUAAAAUGCGUACUCUGUGAUAAUAGCUAUCCAGCGUGUACAUAACUAUAAAAAUUUUAUUAUUACCGAAUAUCUUAACGUUACGUUUUAAAUUUUAUGGAUAAAUGUGUGAGUGUUACGAAAAGUCAAUAUUCGAUUGAGAUUGGUUAAUUUACUUGUACUUUCGUCUUACAUACGUAUGUAGUUCGUGUAAAAUGCGAAUGAGCAUUCACCUGUAGAAGCUUUUACAUCGAUACGAUGUAUCGAGAGAAGAGAUAAGGUUUUUCUAACGCGCUUUUAGUUCAUUUUUUCUCCGCAUUCGUCGCUAAAGUUGCACAUGUCUCUAGGGAUAUUGGUUCACAGCUUUAACUGUUGCUAUGAUAAACGAUUCAAUUUGAAUUAAAUUCGAUGCUGUAAACGGUUGAAUGCUGACAUUUUAUUGUCUACUUAAUAAUGGCUUUACGUCGACGUCGAAGAGAUGAUUUCACCCAUUCUUUGAAUAAUUUUCAAUCACAUAAUUCAUUAAAACCAAUUGUCAGAAAAAAAUGCGACAUUAAUUUAUCUGAAGAUACAAGUAUUGGGAAUAAUGAAUUUACGAUACAAAACGACAAGGAGAAUUAUUCACCAAUAUCUCGAAACAAAAGAAGCGAUAAAUCAUACAAAAAAUUUGAUAAUGUACUGUUUGUACUGGAUAGCAAAUUAAAUCCAACAGAAGCCAGUUUAACGAAACAAGAAAUCUAUAAGCGGCUUUCUGAAAAGUAUGUUUCUUCGCCACAACAAUUUACUGAAAGAUUAAUAACUAUUAUAGAAGAGUCUAUUAUAAACAGUACCAUUAAUGCGAGCAAUAACUCUCUUAUUAAUUUUAAUAAAAUAAGUAAAGAGUUGAAUAAAAUGUCUAAUAAUAUAGAAAAUGAAUCAAUGCCAGAAAAAAUGCUUUCUUCGACAAUAAAUAUAUCGCCAAGUAGAGAAAUAUCAAAAAUUGCAAAUUCUACUAAUUCUAUUAACUCUACUCAAAUUACAAAUGAUAAGUAUUCUUCAGAAGUACAAUCAUUAUUAUCCAUACAUCCAGAUUCUUACAAAAUGAAAACACCAAGUCCAGUUAACACAGGCAAGAAAGUAUAUCGUAAGACACCAAUAAAUAUUUUUAAAUCAAAAAACAAGAAAUUAUGUGAUGUAUCUGUUAUACCAUCUAUUUCAUCCGAUUCAUCAUUUGAGUAUCUAGAAGCUCAAUGUGAAAGAUUAUUUCCUAAUGAAAAAAAAAAUCUUGUAUCCGUGCCUACCGUGCCAGAUAGUAGUUUGUUAAGUAUGGAUCAUGUUUUUACAAUUUGUGAACAACAGAUGGCUUCGUUAAACAGUACAGAUGAUAUAAAAAUUCGAAAGAAAAAUGAAAGUUCAGUUCAAGAAUCGAAACAAAGAUCGAAGAAUUCGGAUUGUUCUUAUCUACAUUCAAUACCAGAGAAUUUUGUUUACAAAGAUGAAGAUAAAAGUAAGAAUUUGAAAAAAGUAUCUUAUAAAAGAUGUAAAAGAGAGUUAGAUUCUGAAUACUUGAAUUGUGCGGAUGAUUUAAAUAAAAGUCUUUUAUCAGAAAUCGUCAUAAAACGACGUAGAUGUCUAGAUACAGCAAAGAAAAUGAUGGAAAUUAAUUCGGAGUGUAAUAUAAUGAAAGAACAAAAAAAAUCAAAACCGUAUUGUAAAUCGAUAUUAGAUAUUAAUUCAAAUAAACCACAAGAUAACAAUAAUCAGUUUAUGAAGGUAUUAAUGUCUUGCGAGGAUUAUCAUAAUUAUUUGGAUGAUCAAUUAACAAUAUUAGAUGCAUCUUUAAUUAACUCUACGUUUAAUUCAACUAUAAAUAAAUCUAAUAAAAGUAAUAUUAAUAUUAAUGCGAUCACAAGUAAGAAGAAAGCAUCUCCAACGUCAUUAUCCAGUUCUUCUUCUUCUUCUAUGUCAUAUAAUGAAAAUUAUGAAAAAGUUUUAGCGAGAUGGAAUAUUCAUGAAAAUAAUGAAAAAAAAUCUGAGACAGUUGUGAAGAAUAACAAUAAGUCUCACUUUUUUACAACACCUGGGAAAAUGUUAACAAAAGAAAAACGCACACGAAAAAUGUAUUUCUCAGAUUUAUGUACAGGAAGAAAACAAAUAUCACCAUUGAAACCUUCAAUGAAUCGUAAUUCAAAUUACAAUACUAAGUUAUCGUCGGGACGUAUGUAUAAAAAUGAAAAUCUCAAGUCCAAAAAAGCAUCAUCUCUAAGAAGAUUAUCCAAGCAAAAUGUCACAUCUAUAACUAAAAAUAAAGAAAACAAAAAGUGAAUUAAUAACAGGGUAGUUAGAUUUAUAAGCGUCUAAUAUAAAUUUGGAUAUAUUAAUACAUUUUUUCUCAAUAAUCUUGUCAAUUCGUCAAAAGAUAUUAUGUUGGUAAUUAUAUUGUAGAAUUACACUUGCUAAUAACGAACAUAAUAAAAAGUGUAUAAUUAAGUUCAUUUAACAAAGAAUGUCUUUACUAUUUGUUAAGGUGAUUCAUAAAAGUUUAAAGACAACAUUGGCAGCGUUUUUAUAACAACGAUGAUCUAUUCUAAUAAUUUUUGUUGAUCACAUAUAUAUGAUAUUAAAAAAUAGUUUAGUAAAUAAAAUAUAAAAAUUGUUAUAUUAUGAUAGUAUAAUACAAUAAUAUUAACAUUAAGCUUUUACGUUUUAUAAAUUGUACGUAAUAUCAAUAGUUUAAUUUUAUGUUUGUAAAUAGAAUGUAAUUUCAUAGUUACUUCAAAUUAGUUUAAAUGAUUAGUUGCUAGAUGGUGCUUGAAGUGCAAAUAAUUAAUUGAAUACAAUCAUUCCAAACGCAAACUCAAACUUGAAAAAAUUAAAUACUUCUAGUAAUAUACACACCUUUAUAGACAUUUAAUAUAACUAUUUCAGAAACGUAUAUAUACAAAAUCAUUCUGUUUGUAGAUACGUCAAUGUAUCAUUCGUAUGCUUAUUAAAAAUAACUAAUAAUAAA